AUGGUGGUGAUUGUUACGGCUGCUCCAGUAAAAGAUCCAGAAGAAAAAGAGUCAAGAAGGCAUGACUUGAGUAAAGAUAAGGAGUCACUUCUGAAAAGGCUCCAAGAUCUAGAAAGCGAGAUUACUGGAAGAAGAUCAAAUGAAGAUUUGAAUUUAAAAGCAGAUUCCUCCAAUAAGAGAGCAGAGUCAGCAAGGUCAGAGGUCAAAGCAAGCAUUCUUAAUUCUGCUUUAAAGAGAGGCUCAAUUCCAAAGGCUGUUGAAGAUCCAGAGGUUCCCAGCGAUGACAAUGAGAUAACUGACUAUGAGCCCUACAAAGAAGCUUUAAAACGUCUCCUGGAUGAUGAGAUUGAGCGUGGCCAUUUUGUCGAUCAACCUUUCGAUGAUAAUGACGUUGGACAAGAAACAGUUGCUGAUGAUGAGGUUGAGAUUGGUGGAAGUGAUUUAAAAUCAAUGUUUGACGAUCUCGACAUUGAUGAUCUGAAACAGUUACUCAAAGCCAUCAAGCAAAACAAACAAGCUUCUGAGGAAGAAGGAGAAGAAGACGACAAUAAGAUUGAGGAGGGGGAGGAGGAGGAGGAGGAGGAGGAGGAGGAUGGAGCUGGGGGAUUCCUUCAAGACAUUAGCGUUGACGAAUUGCAGAAACUUGCAGAUGAUAUCAGAGAAAAAAACAAAGAUGGUGUGUGGACAGAGGAAGAAUUACAAGAAGCAACAGAAGUGUUUGUGAGUCGUCUCAGCAUCAGAGAUCUUCAACAAAUACUAGCUGCUCUAAGAGUAAAGAAUCAACUUGUACCCUCUUCCUCCUCAGAGGAAACAGAAGAAGUUGGAAUGACAGAUGAAGAAUUGAACGAUGCAAUUGCAGCUCUUGUUAGCCAUGUCAGCACGGCUAAUCUCAAAAGAAUACUGGCAGCUAUACGAGCAAGGAAACAAGAUGAAAGUGAAGAGGAGGAUGAGUCUUCUAGUUCUAGUUCUAGUUCUAGUUCUAGUUCUAGUUCUAGUUCUAGUUCUAGUUCUAGUUCUAGUUCUAGUUCUAGUCAAGACGACAGUGAAGGAUCCUCAUCCAGUGACAUGGAUUCAGCCAGUAAUGGAUCCUCAUCAAAUGACAGAGAAACUCAACGUCAUAUUUCUGAAGAGGAAGUGAUGACAUCACUGAUGAACUUUCUAUCUGGUCUGAGUUCAAAGGAUUUGAACAAAACCUUACUUGCUGUACAGAUGAAGAAACUGGCCAUGAAAGAAGCAUCAGAGAAAGUAGCAUCAGAGUACCUCGGAAAUUAUGCAAAUAAUGAGGAGAAAAAUGAGGAGACAGAGGCGGAGAAAAAUGAGGAGGAGGUUUCCAGCAGUAGUUCCACACUAGAACCAGGACCUUGUGCCGUUGAGAAACACGCUGUCUUAGAGAUCAUAGAGGGCGCUAGACUCAACGGAACCCCUCUCCUUGGAGCCGAAGUACCCAACUGCGACGACGAUGGGUUUUAUGAUGACAUUCAGUGCUCUGGAUCUAUGUGUUACUGCGUUGACAAACUUGGUGCAGCCACAGAGGGAGAAACUACAUUGUGGAAGGCAGAAUCACUGAAAUGCAACCAGGAACAAGAUGGGCCUACUAAGAUUGUGACAACUGAUGAAGCUGAGAAUGAGGAGGGUGUUGAUGAAGUCUCAGAUGAGGUUGAGGAAAAGGAAAAGGAUGCAGGAGAAGAGAAGUUGGAACAAGUUGAGAAAGAUCUCUUAGAAAUGUUAAAACAGCAGAAACGUCAGAAGACGAAGAAUGAAUUACUCAACAUGUAGAUGACAUCUUUAGGUCAAAGUUCACAUACAAUGACAUCAUAAGGCAAGGCAACAGUAAAUUUGAACUUGAAAUGUACAUCUCCCGUUUUGAAGACAAGUCCCAGUUUUGAAAUUACAAUGUCAAUGCACACACUUUUUCGUUCUUUCUUUUGUAGAAGUUUUGUUAGUGUAAUUAUAAAUUGCUUCGUCUGUAUAUAGCUUUUAAGAAUUGUAAAUGGAAAUAUUUUUAGUAUUUAAUUUGUAUGACCCUCUUCAAAUAAUGCCUCUUUUGGAUGAUAUCAGUACUGCUAAGACAAACCACAGUACAUGUAUAUCAUAGGUUCGUGUUGAUGGGUUUUUAGUUGUUUUAAUUUAUAAGACAGACUGUUUAGAACACCCACAUAGUGGGUGUCAUCUUGCAAUGGUGUAUAAAUGUCUUUGGGGAUUGCUUAUGUCUCAUGCCAUUUGAUUCAAUUAAAGUAAAAACUUCAGUUUGCAGUGCAGACAAAUUCUGAUCAUCUUUGAACCGCGUAUUACUAAACUCUGCAACAGUAUCAUUAUGAGCAAGUUCCCAGCUUGCCAAAUUGUAAGUUCCAAACCAAUUAGCCAUAAUUUUAUUGCACCGAUUUUAGCGACCGAUUUGUUUACCAAUACCAAGCAUGUAGUCUUGGCAAAAUGAUUAACCAAGUAACUGAAAACGGUAGUCGUGACUCGUCUAAGCAACCAA